AUGAAGGCGUUUUCGUUAUCGAAGAAGAAAACCCCGUUUCAGAAGCAUCGCGAGGAGGAGGCGAAAAAGAAGCGGGAAGCGGAGGAGGCGGCGCGUGUGUACGAUGAAUUUGUCGAGUCUUUUAAAGUGGACGAUAAGAAACCGAAGGCGUUUGUCCGAGGAGGAACCAUCAAUCCCAACGCCAAGCACGACACACCGGGGGAAGAACCUGGAAGCGCUUCCAAAAAGGCCACAGCGAGAUAUGUUCCGUCAUUCCUGCCACCUCCGUCCCAAAGCCCGCUUGCGGGAAUUCUAUCCAAGGACAAGAAUCCGUUCGGCGUGGAUGAACCAGAGAAACCAGCCGAGCCCGUUCCAAAGUCAAAGGAGCAGAAGAAGCCACGCAACAUCGAUUUCUUUAUGCAGGAGCUGAAGCAGGAGCAGGAACUGCGCGAGCAGAGGGAGAAGGAGCUCAAGGAGCGAGCGGAAGCAAGGGCGGCAGGCAAGCCGUAUGGCAAUGAUGGGCAGCCGUCGCUGCUGGGGAGUGAGGGCACGGAUAUGCUGCAGCCGUUUCCAGAUGGGGUUAGAAGGAGGCCAUCCAAGUUCGACACAGGGCCGCCUCUUAUUGCCACGCCUCCGGGCAUCACCACCGUUUCCACCGACGAUGGGGGAGACCCCCUCACCACCAAUCUCUAUGUUGGCAACCUGUCCCCCAAGGUCGACGAGAAUUUUCUCCUGAGGACGUUUGGGCGGUUUGGGCCGAUAGCGAGUGUGAAGAUCAUGUGGCCGCGCACUGAGGAGGAGCACCGGCGGCAGCGCAACUGCGGCUUUGUGGCGUUUAUGAAGCGCGCCGAUGCUGCCAAGGCCAAGAACGAGAUGGACUGCAUGGUGGUGUAUGAGUAUGAAAUCCGCAUAGGGUGGGGCAAGGCCGUCUCUCUGCCCGCCUCGGCCCUCCCGGCGCCUCCCCCCGGCCAGAUGGCUGUUCGGCCCAAGGAGCUGCCGCCCAACUCAGGAGAGGCUGUUGCUGCCAACAGCGCUGUUAUUGCUAGCAGUGCUGACCCGCUUGCUGCUGCUGCCGCCGCUGCUGCUGCAGCGGCUGCUGCGAUUAACAUGGCGAGCCUGGGAGCAGAGAACGCGGAAGUGGUCAUCACACCCAAUGUGCCAGACAUCAAGAUAGUCCCGCCCAAGGAUCCACAUCAGCGCCACGUCAUCGACACGCUGGCGCUGUACGUGCUGGACGACGGGUGCAUGUUGGAGCAGGCCAUCAUGGAGCGCGGCCGCGGCAACCCGCUCUUCUCCUUCCUCUUUGACCUCGGCUCGCCGGAUCAUACCUAUUACGUGUGGCGCGUCUUCUCUUUCGCGCAGGGCGAUACCCUACAGCGGUGGCGCACGGACCCCUACAUCAUGAUCACAGGCAGCGGCAGGUGGAUCCCUCCCCCUCUGCCCAAGACGGACGAGCUCGUGGGGCCCACUAUACUGGACAAGGACAAGGGCGGGUCCACCUACGCUGCAGGGAAGCCCAAGGAGCACUCCCUGACGGACAAGCAGCGGGACAAGUUUGAGGAUUUGCUGAGGCGACUCACUCUGGAGAGGGAGGACAUCUGCAACGCCAUGGCAUUUGCUCUCGACCACGCAGAAGCAGCCACAGACAUAGUCGAAGUGCUUAUUGAGUCCCUCACACUCCUCGAAACGCCCAUCCCCCUUAAAGUCGCGCGCCUGAUGCUUGUAUCGGAUAUCCUCCACAACUCGUCGGCGCCAGUCCGGAACGCGUCGGCCUACCGCACGGCUUUCCAGGGGUAUUUACCCGACGUGAUGGAGAGUUUUAACGACUGUUUGAACGCGGUCUCGGGCAGGAUGACUGCUGAGGCUCUGAAGGACCGAGUGUUGAAAGUGAUUCAGGUGUGGACGGAUUGGUUUUUGUUCUCCGAGGCAUAUUUGAACGGGCUUAGGAUGACGUUUCUGCGGGCGGUUGGGACGGCUGUGCCGCCGUUUCAUACUUUGCCGGAGGAUGAAGAGGAGGUGGAGGAGCAAGGCGGGGCUGGGAAUGGGGCUGGGGGGCCAAAGGAUGCGACUCAAGCUCAAGCGUCGCUGCAAGCACAAUGGCUUAUCAACCCGAGGGGGAGUGCCUAUCAUGGUGGCUCGGCUGCUUUCAUUGGAUGCAGCUGA